AGCCGGACUGCUCGCUCAGAGAAGCUGCUCGACGUUUGACUGCUUCUGUCUGAGUUUUAACAGCAGCUGCAUGCUCCUUUUAGCUUUUAGCUUUUAGCUUUUAUCUAAAGUUUGACUCCUGAAACAGUGUCUUCUUCCUGUAGUUUGGUUUGUUCUCUGUAAAACUGUUUAAUAAUGGCCAACGACUCCGUGAAACUCUCCAGAAACGUCCUCCGCAUGAAGUUCAUGCAGAGAGGUCUGGAUGCUGAGACGAAGAAGCAGCUGGAGGAAGAUGAGAAGAGAAUCAUCAGUGAUGAACACUGGUAUCUGGACCUGCCAGAGCUGAAGGCUAAAGAGAACUUGAUCAUCGAGGAGAAGAGUUUUGUUCCCUGUGAAGACCUGAUGUACGGUCGCAUCUCCUUCAAGGGUUUUAAUCCAGAAGUCGAGAAACUGAUGGCUUUGAUGAAUCCAAAAGAUGAAGUGGAGAAAGAAGAACAAGAAGAGAUCAGCCGGAUGCAAACAGACGUCACAGAUGAAGAAAUGGCUCUCAGAUACGAGAGUUUAGUCAAAAGCAUGAAGAAGAAGUUUGCAAAGAAGCGAGAGAGAGCGGCUACUGAAGAGGAGGAUGUCAACAGCAACGUUGUAGAAACUGAUACAAAGAGAGUCUUCCUGAAACCUCAGGACUGAUCCAUGUGAUGGACUUUAUUUUUAUGUAAAUGACUCAAAAUAAUCCUUUUUUUUUUUACAUCCUUGUUUGCAGAAUCUAUAGAGAGAGCAUCAGUGAGCAGAAUGUUCAGUGUUUUAAGGCUGAUUGGAUGUUAUACAUCCUGUUUUUUAAAGAAAAGAUAUGUGAGAGUGUUUUAACAUGUCUGUGCUGCAUGAUGAGACCUUCAUUAAAUGCUUAGCUCAGUGUA